AUGUUCACAAUAAAUAUUAUUGGGGUUCACGUCAACGGCGCGUCUUACAACGAUCGCACGCAGCCGGCGAAUGACUUGUUAGUUGGGAGCAAAACCGAGUCGUUCGCAGGCCAACAAGGAAUGCAGGGUCGAGAGUGCGGCGGCGGUCGCGCGGCCGACUUUAUUGCUCGCUUUAUUGGAAAACCACUCUUCCGCGUUCCACAACGCCCGUAUCUCCCCCGUUACGUGUCCAGCGUAAAAUGGGCACCGUACCGAAUCUACACCAGUCGGGAUCGCAUUACGAUAAGAACGUUGGAAUCUAUCUACAUCGAAAAGAAGACAUCUCAUCGAAUUUUCGCUCCUCAGACCACGUCGCGUGACGGAGCAGUCGGAAAACAAAUAAAUAUUCAAGAGAUCCGGUUGCUUACAAAACAAACUAUCGUGGGAAUUCAUUCGGCAUUGAGAGCGUGGGUGAAGAAGUCGCACAAGGCGCGAUCGGCGGAG